AUGGCUGGUGAAAUGGUGGGUGGAUUUCAAGAUUUGCUGCCAUUCAUGGCCGAUAAGCUCGGCGGUGAUGGAUUAAUCGGCGAGCUGUGUAAAGGGUUUAAUCUGCUGGUUGAUAGGGAAAAAGGGCUCAUCACGUUUGAGAGUCUGAAGAAAAAUUCGGCCCUUUUGGGGCUGCAUGAUUUGAGGGACGAUGAGUUGCAGAGCAUGCUGAGGGAAGGAGAUAUCGACGGCGAUGGGGCCCUCGACGAGAUGGAAUUCUGUGUGCUGAUGUUCAGGCUAAGCCCUGAGCUGAUGCAGCAGUCUGAGGCCCUAUUGGAGGAAGCUCUAGAGCAGGAGUUCAGGGCUGCUCGUGAUUGCUGUAAUGCAAUUGCAAAAUAA